AUGUAUCCAGUUGAUAUUACUGCAGAGGCUACAACACCAGCUUGUGGCACAGCUAUUACUCCAGAUGUUCCUGUUGUUAAGGAAGUUCCUGUUACCAAGUCUUCCCCUGUUGAAAGUACCGUUUUAACCACCUACCCAGAGGAUUCUAAGCCAAUUCCAUUGAAUUGGGGUGAAUCGUCACCAGAGGCAAGAGGACCUAUUGUUGCUUCUAGAUACAAAGAUGGUCUUUUGAAGCACAAUGCUAUCGGUGCUCACUCCGGUCCCUACUGUGUUUAUCAUGCUUUGGCGGUUGGUUCUCAUCAAUUAGAUCCUCAAUAUCUAGCUGAUUACACCAAUUCUCAACCAGCUUUCACGAUACCUGAGCAAAAGAGUUGGUAUAACAAAGAAGACAUUGUUGCCAUGGAUGUCCUUGGACACUUGACGCCAUUCUUUUAUGACGAGAUUUCUAAACAGGAAAAUGUUGAUGUUAGACCAACCAUCGCUAUCACUAAGGCACAUAUGCAAUUGCUUGAAAUGAAAGACGCCGUUGAAAAAGGCCGUUUGCAAGUUGAUGGUGACGUUGUUAUGAAUAAAAAUGGUGAUUUAAAUGUUUCUAAGGUUGCCAUUGAACCAGUUUGGUAUUUACCAGGUGUCGCUGAAAGAUUUGGUAUCACUGAAGAUGAAUUGAGAAAGGCACUCUUCGAAGAUACUAACGGUAUGUACCCAGAAUUGGUUACGAGACCUGAUAUUAAGGUUUUCUUACCACCAAUUGGAGGUUGUACCGCUUACAUCUUUGGUGAUCCAAAGGAUCUUUCUGAUCCAAGCAAGGAAUUGACAGUCAGAGUUCAUGAUGAAUGUAAUGGUUCCGAUGUUUUCGGUUCUGAUAUUUGUACUUGUCGUCCAUAUUUGACAUAUGGUAUUGAAGAAGCUGUUAAAGGUGCUCAGAAUGGAGGCGCUGGUGUCGUCAUCUAUUUCAGAAAGGAAGGUAGAGCCCUUGGUGAAGUUACCAAAUAUUUGGUAUACAAUGCUCGUAAGAGAGGUGGUGAUACCGCGGCUGAAUAUUUCAAGAGGACUGAAUGCAUUGCAGGUGUUAGAGACAUGAGAUUUCAACAAUUGAUGCCAGAUGUUCUUAAAUGGUUAGGUAUUAGCAAAAUCGACAGAAUGAUCAGUAUGUCAAACAUGAAAUACGAUGCCAUUGUUGAACAAGGCAUUCCAAUCUUGGAAAGAGUUCCAAUCCCUGAUGAAUUAAUCCCACCUGACUCCCGUGUUGAAAUUGACGCUAAGAUUAACUCCGGUUAUUUCACUAAUGGUAAAGUGAUGACAAUGGAAGAAUUAAAGAACGUCAAAGGUAGAGAUUGGCACGAUGUGGAGUAA